AUGGAGCGCGUCCAGUAUCACCUGGAGCGCUCGCUCCCGCAGCUGCAGCUGCUCGACGAGGCCGGCGUCUUUACCAAGGAGCAGCUGCACUCCAUCACCACGCAGCGGCAGUCGCACGAGGCGCGGCUGAUCCGAAGGGCGCCCCAAAAGGUCGACUUUCUCCGCUAUGCCGACUUUGAGCAGAACCUCUCCGACCUCAUCGUCGCCAAGGCGGUGCGUAUGGAGCUCGGCAGGCACUUUACGCAGCAGAACUACGCCCUGCACACCGGCCACAUUGUGUCGGUCUGGGAGAGGCUCGUCCGCCGAUUCAAGUGGGACGUCGACAGCUGGCAGCGCUACAUUGAGUGGGCCAACAAGCGCAAGAUGCGGGUCGUCGUCGGUCGCCUGUACGCCCGCGCCCUCUCGCUCCACCCCAACAAGAUUCCGCUCUGGCUUUCGGCAGCCUCUCACGAGCUCAACAACAACUCGAGCACCACAGCCGCGCGCUCUCUUCUUCAGCGGGCGCUCCGACAGAAUGCGCUUCCCUGGAAGCCUCGCGAUGCAGCGGCCAGUGCGGCCGACGGGCUGAAGCGGAAGAGUGCCGAUGGGGCGGAUGAGACCGGCAAGAAGCUCAGGACCGGCGAUGCUUCGACUUCUGCGCCCCCUUCGACGGCUGUAUCUGGGCCCCUGAAGCUCAAACUCUCAGCACGGGAGACGGACCUGCUCCGCCUCUGGGUCGAAUACUUCCGCAUGGAGCUCGUCUUCAUCGAGCGGCUGCGGAGGAGGUGGAUCGUGCUCGGGAUCCAGUGGGAGGGCGACGAUGCGCAGUCGUCAGAGGUACGGAGCGACGAUCCCGAGGUGUCUGCUGCCGCACAGACGCUCCAGGACGAGGCGGACCUGGACGAAGGUGCCGCAGAGGAGAACGAAAAGGUGCUUCUCUCGCAGGUGCCCGAGAGGGAGGAGGGCGUCGAGGUCGACACCGACGCCAACGGCCGCUCCGCGCGACCAUCGGAGCCCGCUGCCGCCUCGUCCUGCAAGCCCAACACCUUCACUCAGCGAGCCGCUGCCGACAUCCCCGAAGCCCAACUCUCGAUCCUGCGCGGAUCGAUCCCCGUAUUCUUGGUGUCCAACGCCCUGUCGACGCUGCCCCCAUCGCUGCACUUUGUCUUCCUGCUGGCCCUGCUCGAGCUCUUCCGCAACUUUCCCUUUGCCGACUCGGCAGGUGGGACGAUCUCGGGCCAGCAGUCUUCCAAAGCUAAGGCGACCGUCCAGACCCACGCCACCCGGAGUGGAGAAAAGCUGCGAAGGAGGCUGAUUGAUACCGUCUACGGCUUCCUCUCGGACCGCGAGCGCUGGGGAUGGAGGUACUAUGCGCCCGUCGCCACGUUGGUCGCCACCCGUACGUUCCGCGACCCCGUCGAGAAGCUCCUGUCGGUCGAGGAGGAGAUGGAGGUCGAGGCCGAGGCCCAAGACGAGCUUCGCGAUGGCCAGCGGCUCACGAAGGCCAGCACGCUGCGCACCACGUUCUCCGAAGAUUCGGAUGCGCUGCUGGACCUGGCGGAAUGGAUCCGCAUGGGCGGAGGUCACCGCUCGGCUUCGUCGAGCAGCUCCACCGCUCUCCGCCUCACGCUGCACUUGCUCGAGGCCGCUUUGGUCGAUCCAGUCGAGGGCGAGAGCGGUAAGACGGAACCAUCGCUCCUCUCGCUGAGGUUGGCGAGGAAUGGUUUGGUUCCGCAGGCGGUCCAGCAGGUGGUCGAGACGAUGCGGCCGCUUUGCGCCGCAGCGCCUCUCCCGACGUCCGCCGCCUCGCUGCUCAGCUCUUUCAAUGCCAAGUCGGACUUCUACACUGCCGCCACGCUGCUGCUCAACCUGCUGAGCGAUCCGACGCGGUCGUCGAUCGACGAGCCUAACCUGCUCAAAUACAUCGACGCGGUACGGACGGAGCUGAUUGCCGAAGCUCGCAAGGUCGGCCACGGCGUCGAGAGCGGACAGAUGCGCGCAUCGAUGCUGAGGCGCAAGUUCGGCGCUCUUGUCGGCUCCGACGACGUCGAGGCGGCUGAGACCGGCGACAAGCGACGCAAGAAACUCCUCAAGGCGAUCAAAGAGGCCGAGGAAGCUACGGCGCCAGCAUCCAAGGGCGGCUUCCCGGGCAACGAGGAUCUCUGGCGCCUGCGCAUUGAGCUCAAGCUGGCUCUGACGUCGCUCGAAGACGACGACGCCGAGGCGAGGCGGCAGAAGCUGUCGGCGGAGUGGAAUCGCGGCCUUCUGGCUUGCUCGAAUUCCGAGCUCGACUCGGAGCUGGUCGAUGGCGAAGAGGUUGGCGACGAUGUUUCCGCCCUGCAAGGCGGGCUCUGGAACGCCUACCUCGAGUGGGUCCAAGGCGAGGUUGAGCAGAUGAUCGUCGAGGGCGGUGCCAAGGAAGCCAAGGCGGUCAAGAAGGCCACCAAGUGGAUGCAUGCCGAGUACGAGACGGCGAUCCGCACCACCUCUUCGCUCCUCUCCCGUUCCACGGUAUCGUCGGUGCGCGCCACAUCCAACCUGGCGACCCUGCAAGCGAAGAAGCAGUCGACGCACGACCUUGUCCUCAAGCGCUACGUCGCACUCUGCGCCGAGCUGGAUGCCCGUCGCUCGCCGUCGUCCGGCACGAAGGCGUCCAGCCUGGACCGAGCAAUCGACCACUGCCUCUCGUCGUCGUUCGGAAGUCAGGGCUUUUACAAGUUUGUCAUCGAUCUCCUCACCGAGCUCCGAUCCACCCUCGCCGCCUCCACGGACGGCGCUGAAACCGAAGAAGAGACCGCGUCAGAGACCACGAGGGCAACCGUGGCCAAGCUGGACAACCGCAUCUCGCACCUCUACCAACGCAGCAUCGACCUGCACUCGUCCCGCCUCUCGACAUCCUCCACGCGUCGAUCCUCGUCAUCGAGCGACGAGGCAGCCACGACAGGCGGGGACCUGGUGGGGAUGUGGACCGAGUACCUGUCCUACCUCGUCAAGGUCAAGGGCCAAGAGAUGGGCGCGGUGCUUGAGGUGCUCGAGAACGCCAAGCGCAACCUCAAGGGCGCUUUCGCAAGGCGUGGUGCUGCUCGUACGGACGAGGACCGAGCCGCCCAGGAAAUUCGAGCGCUGGAGAGGGGCUGGGAGGCCAUCUGCCAGGACCUGGCGCAGAACGGCGAGGGCGGGGAGGAGGAGGAGGAGGAGCAGACGGAUCAGGACGAGACGAGCGACGACAGAGAGGAUGCGUAG